GAAAGAGAGCGGCCCUAAUCCAAAAUGGACGUCAAAAUAGUGUGGUGAAGUGUUUUUCUAAUUUCACCUGUACUCCUGUCUCACAUAAUAGAAAUCUGCGAGCUGCUGUCAGUGAAUCAGUAAAUGGCGUAACGUCGCGAAUGUUAGCUAAAAUUUUUUUGCGAUUAAAAAAUUAGUGUAAACAAAAAACAUGACGGUAACGGGAAUUUUACCAACAUAUCAACGAUUCAUAAAUGGUGUUCCAGUGCCGUUUUCUAGACGAUCUUUUCGACCUAGAGAAAAAUACGUUGUCUUCUUAGUGUUCGUAACAUUCGGUAUUGUAUGUUUUGGCACCUUUUUUUUCUUACCAGAAUUCAGGACCGGCGGCACAGCUGAAAGUGUUUAUAAAGUGUAUGACCAAAUAAAAAGAGCUGGACCAGAUCUUCUUAUUCCUCCACCACCUUUAGAAAACAUAGGAGAAGCACCUAAGCUUCUUCGACAUGAGGAAGAUGUUAAGGAAGAUCCCCAUAUAAUAGGUGAUAGAGCUAAGCUUAGAGCCAAAAUAGAACAAGACGGUGAAUUAAAAGUGCUUGAAAGGCCUGAUGUAGGUAAAAUCAAGACUUCGUCUACAGCUAAACAUUCCAAUUUAGAGCAAUCCCUUGCUGAAAAUUUUGUGAAUCGUAUUAUUGUUCCCGCGGCACAAAGCAAUCAUUAUCCUCUAAUAACAGGGGGUGACGAUGACGAUAUUGUUGCCAGAGAACGCAGGGAUAAAGUUAAAGAGAUGAUGAAACACGCAUGGGACAAUUACGUCAGAUACGCUUGGGGCAAAAAUGAACUUAAACCUAUCAGUAAGAGUGGUCAUAGUGCUAGUAUCUUCGGUGCAAUGCCUUUGGGAGCUACAAUUCUCGAUGGCUUAGAUACUCUUUACAUUAUGGGUAUGGAAGAGGAAUUCAAACAAGCCAGAGAUUGGAUCGCAAAUGAACUGGAUGUUGAACAAGUGGUUUCAGACGUGUCUGUUUUCGAAGUAAACAUCAGAUUUGUGGGUGGAAUGUUGGCGUGCUUUGCACUUACCGGUGAUACCGUUUUCCGUGACAAAGCCCAGCAAAUCGCCGACAAAUUAUUGCCAGCUUUCAACACCCCCACAGGCAUACCUAGCGCUUUGGUCAAUUUCAAGUCUGGGACAAGCAAAAACUACGGCUGGGUUAACGGUGGUUCAAGCAUACUAUCUGAAUUUGGUACUCUCCAUCUAGAAAUGACCUACCUCAGCGACGUCACUGGCAAGCAGAUUUAUAGGAAUAAAGUAGAUCACAUCAGGAAAGUAUUACAAGAUUUGGACAAACCCAAUGGCCUCUAUCCCAACUAUUUAAAUCCUAAAACAGGAAAAUGGGGACAACAUCAUAUGUCAAUAGGAGCAUUGGGUGAUAGUUUUUACGAAUAUUUAUUAAAAGCAUGGCUGCAAUCUAACAAAGAAGAUAACGAAGCCAGACAAAUGUUUGAUGAUUCGAUGGCAGCUAUUUUCCAACACAUGUUGAAGACUUCAACGAAUGGACUUAUGUAUUUUGCUGAAUUGAAAUUCGAUCGACCCGAACAUAAAAUGGACCAUCUAGCAUGUUUUUCAGGUGGAUUACUAGGACUUGCUUCCAAAACGUUAAGCAAUGAACAGUCGAAUAAAUAUAUGAAAGUAGCAGAAGAAAUCACACGCACUUGUCACGAAUCUUAUGAUCGUACGCCAACCAAACUUGGUCCAGAAUCGUUUAGAUUCACCGAAGGAUCUGAAGCCCGUGCUUUGAAAACAUCAGAAAAAUAUUACAUACUCAGACCAGAAGUUAUAGAAAGUUAUUUCUAUAUGUAUAGGUUAACUAAAGAUAACAAAUAUAGAGAAUGGGCUUGGGAAGCAGUACAAGCAUUAGAGAAACAUUGUAGGACACCCGGUGGGUACACAGGACUUAAAAACGUUUAUUCGGAAGAGCCACAACAAGAUGAUGUACAACAAAGUUUCUUUUUGGCCGAAACUUUGAAGUAUCUUUACUUAAUUUAUUCAGACGACAGUCUACUAUCGCUUGACGAAUGGGUAUUCAACACAGAAGCCCAUCCGUUGCCAAUAAAAGGCGUCAACCCAUUUUACAGGGAGUCCACACAUUAACACCUGAAAUUUCAAUUCAAUUAAACGACUGAUAUAUAGAAACAAUUAACUAAUUUAUUUGAACAGAUGAGAGAAAUAAUAUAUUUAGAUUUAUAAAUGUGUAUAUACAAUGUGUCUAAAAUUUUUCGCUAGUGAUAAGACUCAAAUUUUCAAUUUCCCAAUUGAAACUGAGAAUUUGACUGCGGAUACUGUUUUUCCUCUUAUAUCUGAUCAAAACUUUUUACGCGAUUUAUUUUUAUACUUUUACUCAAUGAAUUGCGUUUUAUAGGAAAUUAUUGAAAUAUGUAAUGUAUACUGAUGUUUUUGUCGGUAUACAAUGUUGCCAAAUAAUGAGUAGGUACUUUCACUGCCAGUACGUUAAAUUUGGGACACAAUGUAUUAGCUAAUUAAUGGGAAAUGAUUGGGAUAUUGUAAAAAAGGUAAAAAUAUUUGUAUAUUAAAAUGAAUUUGUCGUGUGUUUGAUUGUUGGUGUGUGUGAUUGUUGCCUGUGAGUAUUUCUAUUAUCUUGAUUUAAUAAAUAAAAAAGAAACACAAGUUGGACACUUUGUAAAUAAUAUUAGAGAUGUACCAACGUUUUUAGAACAGCUCUGUCUGAUAGCACAAAUUAGAAACAAUUUAUGUAAUUAUUAUUAGUAUAAAAAGUCGAAAACAAGACCGAUCUGCUUUACUAUACUUUACAUAGAGAAAUAUGCAUUUUCCACAAUCUUCACUAGUUUAAAUUAUUUCUAGGUUAUAUUUUUUUAUAUAUCCAUAAAUCAUUGCAAUAACCACUAGAGGUCCUGUUGUAGGGUUAAGUCUCCAAAAUGUUAUUUCAAAUUUCCCUGUAUGUUUGGGAGUUUUGUUAUAAAACUAUUACAAAGCAUCAAUGGUGAAAACACUUUCAGGUUAGGUAAAUUAUUUUAUUUAUAAAAGUUUCUUUAUAAAAAUGUUAAAUUUUAAAUAAAAAAUUAGAAUUCUUUGAUUAUUGAUGUCUGCUUCCUAUGCUUUGUAUUUUGGAAUUUAACUUACAAAGAUUCAUUUACAAAUAGUGAUAAAAAUAAAUAUAUCUAAUUAAUUUACAAGCUACGCAUUUUCUAUUAAUACAUUAAUAUAUUUUUUUCCUAAUUGUCGCUUGUCAUUCGAUGUUGAGAAAAGCCAAUUUACAUCAUUCAAUCAGAACGAAUCCCGAAGGAACUAUUUACAAUAAGCUCACACAGCACCUCGCCUUGCCUAUGCGGAUGAUGUGAACAUCAUGGCACAAACCACUUCGGCUCUUUCAGGAGCAGUUGAGGAAUUCGAGUGAACAGUUGAAGCAAGGCCCUAGUUCUCAAAGGACUUGUAACGCCGAUUAAAGGAAGAAAAAGAAACAAUUAGAAAAGCUGGUAUUCCUAGCAUGGUAAUAUUCUUUCUAAAACCAGAUAAUAAAUGGUUCCUCUUUUGAAUUGAUAUUAAUUUAUUUUCCAACAGUCAAUUUCAUCUUUAUCUAUAGAUAUUUUUAGAAUAAACAUCUUAGAUUGAAAUUUCCAUUUUACCUACUUGCGGUCAAUCUUCAUCUUCCUGAAUUUUCUUUAGAACUUUGUUUAUGUUGCUAUAUUUUUAUUUUUAUGAAAAGGUCAAUUGCUCUUUAGUUGGUCCGUUAAAAGUCAACGAUCGACUUUCUUUCUGAGUUUUGAUUGUGUUUUUGGAAUUAAACAAUUUACCGUUAAAUAUGUUUCGGGUUUCAGUUAAUAAGAUGCCAAAUCAACUUUGAAUAUAAAACAAAGCCGGUAUCAAAUAGAGAUUUACUUACCUUUGAUAUUCUUCAGUUCACCAAUACUGCAGAAAGCUUCUCUUCUACAUAGCUUCGUUAACAAUUAGAAGUUCUAAUCAGACCGAAGCGUGCAAUCACAAAAAGGCCAAUCAGGAAGGUAUCGAGCAGUGGACAUGGAUGAGGGGAACCUAACCGAUCUACGAAACGGGGGGUAUGCGUAGCCUGAGAGACGAAUGGUUAGUGAUCUAGGGUUAAAGGAAUAAAUAUCAGUAGUAUUAUUCAUUUUGCAGGUUCUCAACCAUUCUCAUUGAAUAUCUAUCUUAAUUUCAGCACAAAUGCCUAGGGUUUCUGAUUAUUUAAUAACUGAGCCCUAGAAAUCCAGUAAUAAAAGAUUAAAGGAAUUCUUGGUGGGGACAUGGGAGAAAAGUAAAUUUAAAAUUUUUUUCUUCGUUGUAAACCUACAAAUAUUAAUUAAUAUUGCCUUGUUUUUGUUAUAUAUUUGUUUCAUAUGAAAUAUGAAUAAUGUUUUCAAUAACACUUUCCAUGUUUCCUUUUUCUAUGAAUAUUUUAUACAAACUGCAAUUACAUCGUAUAUAUAUAUUUUUAUAGAAGAAACAGUUUUUUGUGCUAUUAGACCAAUAAUUAGAUUAGUUUUGUUGCUUUGGUAUUAAUUUGUAAUUGGUCAUUGCUUACAAGGCAUCUCCCUCAUUUUUUUAAUAGUUUCAAUAAAUUUAUACAAUUAUGCUUCUAAAUCCUCUUGAUUUCAGGUCUCUUCUGUUAAAAAAGUAGUUUUUUUUUAAUUUUUGAAAGACAUAAAAAUUUGUCUCCUCGACUACUUCAAUAUUUAUCAAAAUAUUUUGAUAGACUGAAAGUAGUCGAAACAGAAGAGACCUAAAAUGAAGACGUUUUAGAAACAUAAUCAUAUAUGAAAGGUCUAAGAAAUAAUAAAUUAAAUGAAUUCAAACAUAUACAUAUAUACUAUAAACCGUCCACAAGGAAAAAUUGCUUAGCCCCAUAAAUUUUUUACUAUCCCAUUAACAUUUUUUCAACCUUCGUAUUUUCCACUUUCCAUUCUAUACAAUUUUAAACAAAGAAGUUCUGGUGAUAUUCAUACUAAACACAUUGUUUACUACCACUACACAACACUCACAAACCCCUCUGGUUUUCGAAUCAGAUUUGUCAGCGAGCUAUAGAAGAACAAGAACUGAACUGAGUACUGAUACAGUGUCAACAAAUGCUGUGGUCAGUAUUAAUUAUGAAGCUCACUAGGUCAAAGAAAAUAUAUAUCUAAAUAACAUUCCACUAUAUCUUUUUUUAUUUCCUAUACAAUUUGUAUGUUAAACAGUAUUAAGAAAAUUGAUUAGUUUUGUAGGGAACAGUCAUCCAAUCAUAUUUUUUACUUUAUCCUUUUCUGAGAUAUUGAAAAUUUUUAAUGAUUUCUUCAUAAAAAUUUUGAAAGAUAUUGACAGCAACUGAAAACUCGAAUAAACUUAUUCAUAAAUGAAUACUUACUAUUCUGACACUAAAAUUCUCAUCCUAGCUGCACAAUGAUACUAAUUUUACUUAUCUAAAAAUUUAAAAGAUAAAAUAUUUUCAAAUUAAAGUAGUUAGUGUUAAUUUUAAAUUACAAUAAUCUUGUUUGCCAAAUGGUUCAACUUAAUAUUCAAGCAACUGAUGUUAGAUUGUACCUUAGCUAUAUUAAUAGAAUAAGUCUUAUGAAUUGUACAAUCUUGUAAGGUAUAUAUAUUUUUAACAGUAAGUAGUAAUUGUUCAAACGGUUCCUAAAUACAAUGUGGUUCGAUGCUACGUAAAAAAAAAUAACUUAUUUGAUGGUGAAAACCCUUAAAAUAUAAUAAGAUACAAUUUUGCUGCUUUGAAAAUAGUUUUAAAUAUAAUCUUUAUUCAGACAAUGUAUAUAAAACUUUGAGGAGGUUUCAAAGUAUUUGUUUCAAUCAUUAAAUUUAACGAUCAUAAGAAUAACUUAUAACAGUAUUUAGUUAUUUAACUGAAAGUCCUCUUUCUUCAAUUUUUUCUGUCUCAAAUUUGAAUAUAUUUCAACCAAUUAUUGUUCUUGAUUAACCCACAUAUUACGGAAACUUUUUAUUUUACCUAUCUUUUUUUAAGAAAAUUGGUAGUUUCACUUUAUUUUAACAUAAAAAAAUAUUUUUUCUGAUUAGCUGUCUGUAUAUAUAUAUGUUCUUUUAAAUGGACAGUAGUAAAAUGCAAUACUAUAGAUAAGUGACAAAAGUAUUGUAAGAAAAAAUUUCAAUUAUAACAUUGUAUGAUAAUUUAAAGCAUAUUUUUGGUUAUAAUGAAAUAUUGCACUUUCACACAAAAACUGAUUAUUUAUACAAUUAUAUCUUGAAUGUAGAACUUCACUGGGAUUUUGAAUUUUUGGACCCCGUUUUGUCUCCUGGAACGAUUCCAAAACGUUGGAAUUUUUCCUAAAUUCAAGUUGAUCCACUUGCUUAUCUUCUGUUCUGGCAGAUUGCCAUGCGUUCUGAAUAGCCAUGUCAAUACUGUGAGCCAACAAAGGAAAGUACUCUUAUAACUUAUAUUCUAAUCGUUGUGAUCAACUCCGCCCAUGAAAGAAUUAUAAACCUUUAUAUUUUUUUUUUCUGAGAAAAACGUUUUACUAAAUGGUAGGGUUCGAUUGAACAAAAAUUGGCCGCAAUUGUCACAAUACUAUUGUCAUGCCAGCGACAAAUCACUAUUCCUGUGUCUUAUCCAACUGGUAUUCAUAAUUUUGCCUCUUUCAGUUUUUUUCAUAGUUGGAGCACUAAGUAGAGGACAUAUUUAAAUAUUGUUGUCUCUUAUGGUAUUAGUAGUAACAAUGACUCUAUUUUUCGAUUCGUGAAGUAAAUGCAUCGAAGUAAAAAAAUAUCAAAAAAGAAAUGUAAUCAGGUGUUCAGCUAAUUUGUCUGCACCACAUCCACGUACUAUAAAACAACGGUUGCACCUAGUCCAGGAUCUUUGUACGGUUUCGUUAUCACUUAUGAAGUUCCUUGAUAGGGUGUAAAGUAAAAUAGAGUUCCCACGCUCAAUUUGCAACCCCAAGUAAUCGGUUUAUUUGGUGAGAUGCCUGCCAAAAUAAGGUACCAUCGCAUCUAUGCAAUGUUCGUGUUCAAAGGAGAAAUUUUUAAAAACCUUGAGUUUAAAUCGUUAUAGAGCCGUACUUUAGAAAACUGAUCUAAUUUGUCUAAGUCAUUAAUGACUUGAGUGAAUCAUUUUCAUUAUAUGCAAAAACCUGUCUCUUGGAAAUUGCAUUUGCAACUUUGUCAUUCUUUGUCAUUAUGGGUAUCCUCAUGAUUUUCCCAUUACAUAUAUCUUCUUGUCCACUUAGGAUAAGCACACCUAUAAAAUACCUUAUUUCAUUUGCAGUUAAUCGGUUAUUAUAUUUUUCUGUGCCACAUAUCUGUUUGUAAAUUUCGUGAUCAUAUCAAUGACAUCGCCAUCAAAAAAGAAAAA